CGCUGCGCCGAGAGGCGACCAGGAUGCCGGGAGGCUGGUGCUGGGCGCGCGAGGCGCUGACGGCCCAGCAAGCGCCGCCGGCUCCUGGAAGCCGGCCCCAGCACCCUGACCUCUGACCCUGUCCGCCUGCAGGUCCCUGCCCAGGCCAGACUGUGGACAUCGAGCCGCGCGCCUCAUGGAGGCCGUGACCUUUGGUGAUGUGGCCGUGCACUUCUCGAGGGAGGAGUGGCAGUGUCUGGACCCCGGCCAGAGGGCACUCUACAAGGAGGUGAUGCUGGAGAACCACAGCAGUGUGGCGGGCCUAGCAGGAUUCCUGGUCUUCAAGCCUGAGUUGAUCUCCCGACUGGAGCAGGGGCAGGAGCCGUGGGUGCUGGACCUGCAGGGAGUGGAGGGGUCCGAGGCACCAGUGGUCUCCCAGGCAGGUUCUGCAACCAGGACGGCUAACAAGCAGGUCUUUGAGGAUGUGCACAGCCUCACGUUGGAGCCCUGUGUGGCCAUGGUCAGCACCCCUCCGCAGGGUCCUGCUCAGAGCCCUGGCUUUGGCAGCACCUGUGAUUCUGAGGACUGGUCAGAGCACCAGCCAGGCAGCCCUAGGCUGAAGGUGAUGACCUCUCUCCUCCAGAGUAACCACCUGAGUACUGGCACCAUGACACCUUGGAAGACCUGCGCCAAGGAGGAUGCCUGGGGAGGGGACAGGCAGGGUGGCUGGUCUGAGAGGGCUCAGGAAGGUGCCAUAGAGGGAGUGUCCCCCAGAUGUGACAUGUGUGGCCGGAGUUUCAGAUCUUCAGAUACUGCUCUACAUCAGGAAGUUAACACAGAGAAGAAAGCUAACAGGUGUCAGGAGUGCUGGGGUAAGUUUCCUGAUUGCUUCCAGGGGAAAGGUCAGAGUCGCUGCCAUGGAGAGAAGCCAUAUGUAUGUGAGGAGUGUGGAAAAGUCUUUAGGCUGUGCUCACAGCUGAAUCAGCACCAGCGGAUCCACACUGGAGAGAAGCCAUUCAAGUGUGUUGAAUGUGGAAAGGCCUUUCGUUUGAGCUCAAAACUUAUUCAGCAUCAAAGAAUUCACACUGGAGAGAAGCCCUACAGGUGUGAGGAGUGUGGGAAAGCUUUUGGUCAGAGCUCCAGCCUCAUCCACCAUCAAAGAGUGCACACAGGAGAGCGGCCCUACGGCUGCCUCGAGUGUGGGAAAGCCUUCAGCCAGCAGUCCCAGUUGGUCAGACACCAGAGGACUCACACUGGAGAGAGGCCCUACCCCUGCAAGGAGUGUGGGAAGGCCUUCAGCCAGAGCUCCACCCUUGCUCAGCACCAGCGGAUGCAUGCUGGGGAGAGACCUCAAGUCCCCAGAACCCCAGAUGGUCCCAGCCUCCCUGCACAUCAGCGGACCCUCAAUGCAGAGAAGCCCUUCAAGUGUGAUGAGUGCGGGAAGGCAUUUAGGUGGGUCUCUCGCCUUAGUCAGCAUCAGCUGACUCACACAGGAGAGAAGCCUUAUAAGUGCAACAAGUGUGCAAAAGCCUUUGGUUGUAGUUCACGGCUUAUUCGCCACCAGAGAACUCACACGGGAGAGAAGCCAUUUAAAUGUGAGGAGUGUGGGAAAGGCUUUGUCCAGGGCUCGCAUCUAAUUCAGCAUCAGAGAAUUCACACAGGAGAGAAGCCCUAUGAAUGCAGUGACUGUGGAAAGGCCUUCAGCCAGAGCUCCAGUCUCAUUUACCAUCAGAGAAUCCAUAAGGGGGAGAAGCCUUACGAGUGCCUAGAGUGUGGGAAAGCCUUCAGCAUGAGCACACAGCUCACCAUUCAUCAGCGGGUCCACACUGGGGAGAGACCCUAUAAAUGCAGCGAAUGCGGGAAAGCCUUCAGUCAGAACUCGACCCUUUUCCAGCACCAGAUAAUCCAUGCCGGAGUCAAGCCCUAUGGGUGCAGUGAGUGUGGGAAGGCCUUUAGCCGGAGUUCCUAUCUCAUUGAGCACCAGAGAAUCCACACCAGGGCCCAGUGGUGCCACGAGUAUGGGAAUACCCUGGAAGGCCCCACGCACGUUAGCCGCAGGAAAGUGAGUACAGUGAAGAAGCUGCACAAGUGUAGCGAAUGUGAGAAGAUAUUCCGGUGGCGCUCGCAUCUGAUCAUACAUCAGCGGAUCCACACUGGAGAGAAACCUUACAAGUGUAAUGAAUGUGGCAAAGCUUUUAAUCGGAGCUCAAGGCUGACUCAGCAUCAGAAAAUUCACAUGGGGUAGAUUGUUCACCUCUGUAAGAUAAAUGUGAAUAAACCCACAGCCUUAACUUACACUUCACAUGGGCUCAUUUGUAAUGAAAUGAUGAGAAUGUCGAGGAGAUGGAGAAGCUCUCCUGAGACCAAGCCCUUCCACAUUCCCUGUAUUUGCUGGGACGUGACCAUGUCACAACCCAUCAAACCCAUAUCCCUCACUUCUGGGGCACGUGUACAGGGUGCUGAGUCCUCAGAGGGUGGCCCAGGGCUGCAGAGGGGCGGCCAGAAGCCCUAGCUCCGUGCAGGCCAGGCUCGCAGGGCCGGGUUGGUUUCCCUGGAGCACCAGCCUCCACAGUGAGGCUCCUGUUAGCUCAAGUUGGCACAAGUUAAGGGGAGGUGGGGCCCAAAACCUUAACCUAAUGUGCCUCAUCAGGGGCAUGGCCACCAGCCCCCCUCGGGAGAGGUUGGUCAGUCUGCCUUUUGUUGAGUGGGCACAGAUCCCUGCAGAUGCUCUGGCUACAAUGCUGGCCUGGCCACCCUGGGAGGUCACUCCCUGCAGUUCAGAGCCUGUUUGCAAUUCUGAGUGUCACAUGGCAGUCAAAGAGAGUCCAGCUGUGCAUGGGGCUCCUUGGUUACACCUGGACAGCACAGACCCACGGCCAGGGGGCUGGCCAUGACCCUCCAGGAAGGUACAGGCUUGCGUCGCCACCACGGGCCAGGCUCAGCCACUGCUAUUGUCACACAGGCUGCCAGGUCCCUGGCCUGUGGGCAGGUCUUGGUGUUGCUGCCAGUACACCUCUCGUGAGGAGCCUGUGGGUGCGUGCAGACAGGCUGGCAGCAGGAGGCACUCAGGCCCUUCACGGAGCAGCACAGGAUGGGGUGGCUGCCACAGCCUUCCCACAUCCAGGCAUGUCUGGCCACUUCUGGUGAGAAUUACUACUGGCCGGUGUGUGAGGCAGGCGCUGACCUGGAGUUCUCACAGGUGGACUGCCUGGACAGCAGGUUGGGCCCACACCCCUCAUCUCAGCAAUAACCACAGCCUGUGAGCAGCAGUGUCUACCUCCCCCGCCCAAGGGCCUGCCUCCCACUUGCAAACGGGCUCCAAGGCAGAGGGCCCAGCAGCAGCCCCACCAGCUGGUCUUGGUGUCCUUGCCACAGUGCUUGGGCCAGAGACCCCCCCCCAACCCCCUAGGUAAGGCAGCACAGGGGGGCCUCAGAUCCCUUCGGGGUUUGGUGGAACCUUCUGGGUUCACCAUUUCCUGCUGGGAUCAAGCCAGGGUGGGUGGAGUCACUAUAGCCCACCUUCCUGCAUGGCCUGGGCCCCAUCUGCUCUGGGAAGGCUGGGCUUGCAGGGCACCGGGACCGUGGGCCAGAGCGUGUGGACGGCAUGCCAGACCUUGUGCUGCAGGGCCUGCCGUGCUGUGGGGCAUGCACAGGAUAACGAGCUGUGGAGUAUUUGAGGCUCCACAGUGGACAUAGAGGUUGGACACGGCCCAGGUCCCAGCGCAAACGCCACCCUUCCCAGCUCCAUUGGCAGCUGAGGCUGCUGGGCACUGAAAGGGCCUCCAGAGGACCCAGCCCACGUGGAUGGCCACAUGGUCAUCAUGCCAUCCCAAGGCCAAAUGCUGCCUCUGGUGGCAGAAAGGGGAGGUCGGGCCAGUGCCUGGACCUGGGGCUCCCCUCUGCCCAGGGGGCAGACAAGGUGCCUCUUGCCUGCAUGCCAACUCCUGAGGCAGCACGUACCCCUGAGCACGAGAUACCACAGCCAAGGAGGGGCUCCCCGGAUGAGGGGACUGCACAGCUGCAGCCUCGUCUUGCUGCUCAGCACUGUCUACAGCACUCCUGGCCCCAUUGCCUGGAUACUCCCAGUUACUGAGAUUGAUGUUUGCUCACGUAAAUUUAUGUUGAAGCAGCUGUUUGUCCUUCAGCAGUUGCAAGAGCCAAAAAUAACAUGUCAGCAUUUGGGGACAGAAGACCAUCUGUGACAUAGAGACACUAGAAAUGGCACCCUGGUACGCCCAACGGGGCUGGACACUGUGGCCGCGUGGCCUGCCCAUGGGGCCUGGGCCUUUUGCUCCUCUGUUCAACAGCAGUUGCUUCACCUCAGUGCUCCAGGGCAACAGAAGCCAACAGAGACCAAGACUCCUGGUCUGAAGGAGGCGCCAUCUUGAGCCCUGGGGUUCCAGCGCUGAGGACUGUGAUAGGGGGUGUCUGUG